ACGCACAAAAGAGGCCUCUGAACAGGAAUAGUACAUGGAACAUAUCAGAUGUUAUCAGUUAAAUAUGUAUUUUUAUACCAUUCGUAAUGUGAUUUAUUAGUACGUGUGAUUCUGUACAAAUCAAUAGAAAGGCCAAUGUGUCACAGGCUAGAGGUGAGGUAAGAGUCACACGAGUACUGUCCCUUUCAAAUAUAGCCUUUUUCUUAUUUCGUAAGUAUUACAUUAUAAGUAGAUCUCUCAUCUCCUUUAAAUAUUUCAAGUGCUGGAUAUUCGUAACAGUCAUUUGUUUUUACAUCAAUUCUAACAGAACUAGGAGAGACCAACAUGUCCAGCGCGUGGUUUACUUUUGCUGCGGUCAUUUUCUGCGCUGCCAGCGAAAGCUCAACAAAGUUCUCUCAAGUCUCUCUAGAUCCAGAAGUAUCGAUGACCCCGACUGAACUCAUCACCAGUAAAGGAUUCCCUUGUGAGAACUAUUACAUCACUACAGAAGACGGGUACAUCCUCAACACAUUACGUAUACCACAUGGGCGGUUCAAUGGGCAUCUAAAAGGUCCCAAGCCAGUGGUGGUCCUGCAGCAUGGCUUGCUGGGAAGUUGCACUCACUUCCUGACCAACCUGGUCAACGAGAGUUUGGCUUACCUCCUGGCCGAUGCUGGAGCCGACGUUUGGAUUGGCAACAGUAGGGGCAACAUCUACUCAACCAACCAUACACACCUGGAUCCCAAGGGGAAAGAAUUUUGGCAAUUCAGUUGGGAUGAGAUGGCCAAGUACGACCUCCCGGCCAUGAUCAACUUCGUUCUCAACACGUCUGGAGUGGACCAGAUCUUUUACGUGGGACAUUCUCAAGGAACCACUAUUGCCUUUGCGGAGUUUGGAGAAAAUCCAGGGCUGGCUUCACACAUCAAACACCUUAUUGCCAUGGCGCCCGUAGCACAAGUUUGGAACACGGAGUCACCCAUCCGAAAACUGGCGCCCUUAGCAAAGGAAAUAGAGAUAUUCUUUAAAGUGCUGGGCACUGGAGACCUCAACAUCAGCCCCACCAUCAUGAAGCUCCUAGCCGGGACGCUGUGUGACAAAUGGAGUGUUCUGUGUGAGAACGUCCUCUUUGUUCUCGGGGGUUACGACUACUCCUCUCUGAAUAAGACUAGAGUUCCUGUUUAUAUAGCUCACAAUCCUGGAGGCACUUCAGUUAGAGACAUUUUACACUGGGCACAGGCCAUAAAUUCCAAGAACUUUCAACACUAUGAUUACGGCUCAGCGCAAGAAAAUAUGAUACAUUACGGGCAGCCGACACCGCCACUAUAUGAUCCAAAGAAAGUCAAAGUUCCUGUAGCUAUUUUUAGAGGCGACCAGGAUUGGUUGGCAGAUCCCACAGAUGUCAAAUGGCUUCUCCCACAGCUUCUUGUAACUCAUGACAUCGACAUUCCACAUUACGAACAUUUGGAUUUCAUCUGGGCUUUUGACGCACCGACCUAUAUUUAUAAAGAAAUUAUUAAAAUUGUAUUUUCGUAACAGAAA